AUGGAAAAAGCUUAUGAUCGAGUUCAGUGGUUGUUUCUACUCAAGGUCUUGAAGCGGAUGGGUUUCUCAGACAAAUGGGUGAGUCUUAUUGAGAACUGUAUCUCUCCCUGUUGGUUCUCGAUGCUAGUAAAUGGAUGCCCAACUGGUUUCUUCAAAUCUUCUCAAGGUCUUAGGCAAGGAGAUCCAAUUUCCCCCUCUCUUUUCAUUUUGGCAGCAGACUACCUGUCAAGGUUGUUGGACCGCUUCAUUCUGGGGAGGAAGGACAUGAUGUAUCGCACGACAAGGUAUACCAUGGGAGUUUCACAUUUGGCAUAUGCGGCAGCCAUCUUAAAUCUGUCAGAAUGUCUAAAGCACUACAUGGAAGUCUCGGGUCAAAGAGUGAAUGUGGGAAAGAGUUGCUUCUUCCUUGACAAAAAACAUCAUGACUGGGCAGAGGAAAUUAAGGAGGAUCGACAGAAAUCAUAUGCGGAUGUUCGAAGGACCGAUUUACAAUUCGAGGUCGGAGAAAAGGUCUUUCUGAAAGUUUCCCCUUCUAAGGGAAUAACUCGUUUUGGAGUGAAAGGAAAGCUGAGACCCCGAUUUAUCGGUCCGUACGAGAUUUUGGAUAGAGUCGGUGCGGUAGCAUACAGAUUGGCCCUACCACCAAACUUUGGAAAUGUGCACAACGUCUUCCAUGUGUCACAAUUGAGGAAGUACGUGUUUGACCCCACACACAUAGUUCACCAAGAAGAGAUGAUGGUCCUAAAUCCCGAUCUAAGUUAUGAGGAGAAGCCCGAGGCCAUUUUGGAUCGAAGGGUGCAAGAAUUGAGGAAUAAGUCAAUUGUUUCGGUGAAAGUACGGUGGAGGAAUCAUGGGGUCGAAGAAGCAACAUGGGAAUUAGAAGAUAAGAUGAGAGAGAAGUUUCCAGAGCUGUUUGAGUGA